GCAAUCUUCACUUUGCUUGAGAGCUGACCGCAGCGCCGUCACCAUGUCGCUGGCGGCCUCGGCGGGCCGGGGCCCGAGGGCCGUGUGGUCCCCAACGCAUGUACAGGUGACGGUGCUGCAGGCGCGGGGCCUGCGGGCCAAGGGUCCUGGGGGCACGAGCGACGCGUACGCGGUGAUCCAGGUGGGCAAGGAAAAGUACGCCACCUCGGUGUCGGAGCGCAGCCUGGGCGCGCCGGUGUGGCGGGAGGAGGCCACUUUCGAGCUGCCGCCGCUGCUGUCCGCUGGGGCCGCACCCGCGGCCGCCGCCACCCUGCAGCUCACCGUGUUGCACCGCGCUCUGCUCGGCCUGGACAAGUUCCUGGGCCGUGCCGAGGUGGACCUGAGGGACCUGCACCGGGACCAGGGCCGCAGGAAGACCCAGUGGUAUACCUUGAAAUCCAAACCAGGAAAGAAAGAAAAAGAGCGAGGAGAAAUUGAGGUUGACAUCCAAUUUAUGAGAAACAACAUGACCGCUAGCAUGUUUGACCUUUCCAUGAAAGACAAGUCUCGGACUCCCUUUGGGAAGCUAAAGGACAAGAUCAAGGGGAAGAAUAAGGAUAAUGCAUCCGACACAGCUUCAGCCAUCAUCCCCAGCACAACUUCAGUUGACAGUGAUGAUGAGUCUUCGAAAGACAAGAAAAAGAAGUCAAAGAUCAAGACCUUUUUUUCCAAGUCAAAUUUGCAGAGAACACCCCUUUCCCAGUCCAUGUCUGUCCUGCCUACUUCAAAGUCAGACAAAGUCGUGCUUCGUCCUGGGGACCUUCAUUCCCAGUGGGGGGAUGAUGACAAUGAGGAUGAAUCUUCUUCUGCCUCAGACAUCAUGUCUCACAAGAGAACGGGCAGUGCAGAUCCCAAGCACCUCAACCAGAUUGGUUUCACUCUCCCCAAGAAGGAUGGACUCUCAUUUCUUGGUGGCCUUCGGUCUAAGAGUGACCACCUUUCCCGCUCUAAUGUCUGCAUCAACGGGAACCAUGUUUACAUGGAACAGCCAGAAGCCAAGAAUGACACCAAAGACAGCCCCUCCUCUGCCUCCCCAUCCCCCCAGGGUUUGAGGAAGAAGCAUUUGUUUGCAUCUACAGAAAACCUGACUGCUCACUCAUGGAAGGAACCUGAAGAAGGAGGUGCAAAGGAAGGAGCCUCUGUAUCUUCCACAAAGGACUCUCUGAAAUCCAUGACUUUGCCAUCUCACUGGUCACCGGCCAACGAUGACAUUGGGGAAAACUUGGAGACUGCAAAAGGAACCAAAGAGAGCAAGAAACAGGAGAACAAGAAGUCCUCCUUGCUUUCUCUGGUGACAGGAAAGAAGGAUGCAGCUAAGGGCAAUGAAGACGAAAACCCUCCAGCUGUCCUGAGGAAGGAGAAGGAAGCCAAACUGAAGGAUGAUGACUCUCUGCCUGUGGAAAACCUUGUGAAAAGAUCUGAGAAAGAUCCCAUGACUGUUGUCACUGGACAAGGUAAAUCCCCGAAUCCUUUUGAAGAGGUGCAGAUCACAGAGCCAGAGGCAGACUCAGAGUCGAAGCCGGAACCUUCACAGCCUAUGACCUCGGCAAGGGCUCCCCAGACCAAAGCUGUCAAACCUCGACUGGAAGUGUCUCCAGAGGCUCAACCCACAGCCAGGCUUCUUUCUUCCCCUGAUUCUUUUCCCUUGUUUCCUGUUCUCUCUUCCAAUUCUGAUCAGACACCUGUCUCUUCCCAGUUGGGGCAUGAUUCAGACACCCCGUCCUCUCUGUCCUCUGAAUGUCCUUUCUUCUCCUCUUUCUCAUCUCCCACAGCAGCUCCCAUUUCUACAUCCACUCCAAUUAAAAACUGGCCUUCCACAGACAAAUGCCAGUCCAAGUCCGAAGAAGCAUCUUUGCUGCUUAAGGCAGAGUUACAAAAGGAUAGUUUAACCCAAGUUCCAAAUACUGCUUCUUGCAUCUUGGGUUCACUUUCCAAAGAGCCAGCCACUCCAGUGUGUGAAGGGACAGGAGAUUCUUCAAUGGGGAAGACUGCUAAAGAGAAUACCGGUAGUGACUUAGAAAAAUCUUUUCUGAAGAGGCCUGAAGUCAGGCAACAAGAAGAACUUCUUGGGUUUUCCUCCAAAAAACAAGACUGUAUCGCUUCACCUGAAGAGGCCCAAGAAGGAACUUUUGUUCUUUCACUCAGAAAUGGCAGAAAUGAAAACCAGGCUGGGAGGCCUCUGAUGGGGGAAAACACAGACUUUGAGGGUCAACCCCAGUCUUUUGUGGGGAACACAGUUAGGGCUGGUGGGAAGACUUCUGCAAUUAAAGAAACUUUACCCCCUCUUGCAAUGGGAGAAUCGGUCUCCCCAUAUGACUCCAUGAUUCAGAAACAUAAGGAAAUGGGUCUCACUGUCAGUGAGGGCCAAAAGAAAACCAAAAAACGGGUGUCAUUUUCUGAGUUGCUCUUUGUGGAAAUGGAUGUGGAGAAAUGCCCUGGGUUGGUUGAAGAGGACACAAGUAACCCCCAGGGGCUGACCAAGGAAGAGGCUGCUGGAUGUGUGUCUGAGGGAGAGCCUGCUGUGUCUCCCCACACAGAAGACUCGGGAGAGGACACUGUGACUGAGCCUGGCCCUGUGGCAGGACACCUCCCUCUCUCCUCUCAUGAGGAGAGUCUCUCAGAAGGCCACGUUAGUGGGGAAGCAAGCUUAGGGAAAGACAUCCUACUCCUUAGGAUUGAGGGGGAUGACACCCUAAUGGCUCAGAAUCAGAGCAAAGCCAGUGAUCACGAAGGCUUAUUGUCUGACCCCCUGAGUGACCUUCGGUCUGCCUCUGAUCUGAAGUCUCCGGUCAUGGCAGAUCUGGAUUUAACCCUCCCUUCCAUUCCUGAAGUCACAUCAGAUGAUGAAAGAUUAGAUCAAGUUGAAGGUGACAGAGAGGCAGCAAAGGUGGCCACUUCAGAAGUAGAAGCUUCUUCCUCAAGCACAUUACUGUUUGCCCACUCUGAGAAGGAUGAGGGGCCAAAUGGCGAGGCAGGUGUGCCGGCAGCCCCCCCAGAGAGCCUGCGUGACCUCAGUCCAGAAGCACCCAAAGCAUCUGUUACAACUUCUCCAGAGCAGACUGCAGAUCUAGGCAUUCGUAUACCAGACCUUGGCAAGAGCUCAAGCCUGGAUAAACAGCCGCCAGGCCCUGGCGGUGGUGAGGAAGAAAAACUGUUGGGAAGUGGGAGGCCCAGUCAGCUUCCUGAUGUGGCGCUCAAGUCUCCAGUAUCCAGCUCCUCCUUUUCUGAAAACUUUCUUUCCAAUUCUCCACAUUCUGACACUUUCCCCAAUUCUCCACAUUCUGACACUCACCACGCCAGCACAGCAGAAUCUCAAAAAAAAGCGACAGCAGAGGGCUCCGCUGGUAAAGUGGAAAAUUCUGGCAAGAGGAAGCCGCUUCUUCAGGCCUGGGUCUCACCCUCAGAGUCACAUCCAAUCUCAGCUCAGCCGAGUGCUGGAAUUGGGUCAGCCAAGCACAGACUUCAGCCUGUGAAGCCAAUGAAUACAACAGCCACCAAGAUUGCUAAUUCCAGCUUGGGAACUGCUACCAUCAUCAGUGAGAACUUGAUCAAUGAAGCUAUGCUGAAGAAAUACAACCCUUCGGACCCUGCUUUUGCUUAUGCACAGCUAACCCACGAUGAACUGAUUCAGCUGGUCCUCAAACAGAAGGAAACAAUAAGUAAGAAGGAGUUUCAGGUUCGUGAGUUGGAAGACUACAUUGACAAUCUACUGGUCAGGGUCAUGGAAGAAACCCCCAACAUCCUCCGAGUUCCCGCGCAGGUGGGCAAAAAAGCUGGAAAGAUGUGAAUCCCCGGCAUGUCACCCUGAGACUUUUUGUGCGUUUGUUUCUGUCUGCUCCUGAGGUCAAGGACUCCGUAUGCCUGAUAACCAACAUUCGGGCUCCAAACCACCAUCUCCCUGGCGUGUUAUCUGCUCAAAGUCAACUCUCUCCACUGAAGCUGGGUUAAUUAUUACCUGAUGCCUUUACUGUACAUUCCCAGGGUUUUAUUUGUAAACGCCUCUGUGCCUUUAACUAUGUUUUAAAUAUUUUGUGCCCUGACUGCAGAUGUGGUGAUCUGAUCCUGGUCCGGAGAUUCAGAUGGCACCUGAGGCUUUCUCUGUUUGCUAUUGAGAUUUUAAAAUAUGUAUCCCCUUAGCCAUUAAAGCUUGGGGUGAAAUGAGAAGGACCAUGCAACUGGUGCUGUGUUACUUGCUUUCCUGACUAUUGAGUAGCUCAGGUGCAGCUUUAAUGACUACAGAUGCUAACUUUUGAUAUCAUACACACACAUACGGGGCUCCUUAGACUUGGUCUCAUUACUUUGAAGCUGAGGAGUUCCGGGAGAGCCACUGAGUGUGCCUUUUAGACUCGGGAACAAACUACCUUUACUAAACAUCAGCUUCCAAUGCUAUCCAGCAUUAGAGUGUGCUCUGUAUCGACCUAGAGGACCUUUGUGGAGAUGAGAAAAGUAGAACAAGGGAAUGAAGUCACUUUGCACUAGGGGAAGUUGGUUAGAGGUCCACUGCUAGUGGUGGCAGGCCUCCUGCUGCCUGACGGCCUGGCCAGCGCUUUGAUGAAGGGCUGGGCAACCCAAGCACUUACUCAUGUGCUUCUACCACGCAUAGAAUGACUUCAGCAGACCCAUUUCUUACACCUUUUCCUCCGUGGAUGGCUAGAUGUUAAAAACUAGAUGAAUACACAUCUGAACUAGAACACUUGCCUCUUUUUAAUAGUGCUAGUUCAGACUGUUCAUUGUUAGCAACCUAAUAUUGGAAUUAGGAUGUUCUAGAUUAUGCAUUUUUUCUCCUGGCUGUUAUAGAAUCUCAUCAAAUGUAGACAUCUCUCCUGAGGGAAAGCAUAUAGGUGUGUAGGAAUUGAGACCACAGCAGUGAUUAAGAAGAAUCUCAUCUCUGUUCUGUUGAUGCUAAGAAGCAAGAUUUUGGGUGGCAGAAUCCCAUUUCAGGAUCAUGUUUGCUGCAACGUCAGUUCUGUCGGAGCACUUUAAUCUGAAGGACGAUACUUAAUUGAUCUAAUUAGCUUCCAGUGAUCCAUAGCUAUUUUAUUUAAUACUCUCCUAGUGUACUGGGGACCACUGUAAACUUUUCAGACGACUUGUAUUUUUAUAGUGCUAUGAAGUUUAUUUACAUACCUAUAAAGAGAAUUGUAUAUUCACUUGAACUCUGAAAAUGUCCAUGUAUGUAUUUGUUCUGCAAUACUUUUUUUACUUCAUAUAAAUGUAAUUUGACUGUGAUAACCCAAGUGCACUGGGGUGGGGUGGAGAGCAGUGUGCUUUGAAUGGUUUCUCCUUUGUUGAGCCAGCGUGGAGACUUGUGUUAUGUAAGGAGGGGUUGUUGGCUUAGAGAAAAUGUGCUGCUAGGACCUCAGACAUGUAACUUGUCAGUAUUUGAGAGGGGCAUUUGGGUAAACGAGUGAAUUCCUGUGCACUGAAAUGGCACUUGGUAACGCUAAUGAAGGGCAAUUUACUUCAAGGGUGUCUGGCUUCUACCACUGGGGAGCAAAAAGAAUUUAUAGCAUUCCUGCAAUUCACAACAUAGAUAACAAGGUAACUUGGAGGUCAUUAGUUAAUAGCCAUUUUGAGGACUCUAUUUUAGAAGAGAAUUUAGCUAGGAAAAACUUCAGCCUGCUCUGACCAAUUCGCAGAGGCUGGGGAACCAGGGCGCGAGAGCCCCAUUAACAGGCCUGUUUGAGACAUACACCUGUCUGCAAGAGGGAAGUGAGGACUUGCCUCCUGUUCCUAUAUAUGCUAGCCUACCUGGGAGGAGGCUGCAUCUGAGAAGCAGGAGCAGCUCUUUUCUUUGGUCUUGACCGACUGCCUCGAGAAUGAACACUCAUAUUCAGGGAAGCAUCCAUGGCUUCCAAACACCUGGCAAUGAACUUCAACUGCAGAACAUCUCCCUGAAUAAAAUGACAAUCCCUUGCCUGGUUGUUUCAUAUCAUCUCCUUUCUUGGACUUUGACAGAUGUCCUGUCCCCCACAGCCCCCCCCCAUUUUGUUCUUAUGUGUUAACGUCAUCAGGGUGACAGAAUGUAGGAGCAAGAAAGUCUGCCCUUUGCCAGGCUGAACAGCUGUUGACCCUGAGCCGAGGAUGUGCUCACAUGAAUGGAAUACUUGUGUGCGGUUUCAAGGUUUUUUUUACCAGAGGGAACAGAAGGUCCAGGACACUUAGUCACUUAACUAUAUUGAAGGCAAGAGGAAAUUUAAUGUUAAAUUAUGCAGGGUCUUCCCUCCACAGAUCCUCUUCCCAAUCAGCCCCCCUCUUUUGUGGAACUACUAAUGAAUGAAAAGUUGAAAGGUGGAGAACCUGUGCCAUAGCUAGAGAACCUGGCCUAGUAACCACAUCACCCUAGCCCUGUGGUUCUCAACGUUAUGUGAGCUACUAACUUUACCGCUUCCUCCCUCCAACUGAAGGACUACCCAGUGUUUUUGAAUUAAAGAAUUAUUUCCUACUUUGUUAUUUGGGAAUUUUUAA